UUUCAUCCCAUUUGUGUGACAUUGAAACAGCAUGGCGACCCUCAGACAGGCAUGCCGUAGGUGGCCCUUGAAAAAACUCGGUUUGUCUGAGAACAAUAGCUUGCUUCUCAACAUUUCGGUUGAAAAUGUUGGCACCCUUUCAGUUUGUGCUUCUUCGACUUUCUCUAAAUUGCAUCAGUCUCAGGAUAAACCCAGAGUGAGCCCACAUAGGAUUGCAUUUCUUGAAAGAAAACCAUUUCACACCUCCACAUUGAACUUCAAAGAAGACUACUACAAGAUAUUAGGAAUACCUAAGACUGCUGAUCAGAAGGAAAUCAAGAAGGCUUAUUACAAGCUGGCCAAGAAAUAUCAUCCAGAUGUUAACAAAGACAACAAAGAGGCUGCAAAGAAAUUUCAAGAGGUGGCAGAAGCCUAUGAGGUGUUGAGUGAUGAUUCAAAAAGAAAACAGUAUGACACAUUUGGACAAGCUGGUCCCCAGUCAGCUGGUGGUGGCCCUGGAUUCCAAGGCUUUGGGGGAGCUUAUGGAGGUCAAGGAGGUUUUAGAACUACUGUGGAUCCAGAGGAGUUGUUUAGAAAUAUUUUUGGAGAUAAUUUCAACUUUAGAAACUUUGGUGAGAGUGAAGAUUAUGAAAGCUCACAGUUUGGAUUUGGACAGGCAUCUGAGGUGUACCUGGACUUGUCUUUUGAGGAGGCAGCCAGAGGCAUCAACAAACAGAUGAAAAUGAAUGUCGUCGACGAAUGUCCAAAAUGUAUGGGCAGAAGGGCAGAGCCUGGGACGUCAGCAGAAACUUGUCCCCAGUGUAAUGGAUCCGGACUGGAAACUGUAAACACUGGUCCCUUUAUGAUGCGUUCCACCUGUAGAAAGUGUCAGGGCAGAAGGAAGAUCAUCAAACAUAAAUGUACAGAGUGUAAUGGAAAAGGCUCUGUUGUAAUGCCCAAAACUGUCAACAUCCCUGUCCCAGCAGGUGUGGAGCAUGGUCAGACACUGAGAAUGAAGGUGGGAAAACAGGAAUUAUUUGUUACGUUACAGGUUGCCAAGAGUAAUCAGUUCCGUCGAGAAGGAGCUGACGUCCAUUCAGACGUGUCCAUUAGUCUUUCACAAGCAGUCCUGGGAGGGACGGUGAGGAUACCUGGAGUGUAUGAAGAAAUACACCUCAAGAUUCCAGCUGGCACUCAGUCCCAUGACAGGAUACGCAUUUCUGGGAAAGGGAUUACCAGGGUCAAUAGUUAUGGUUAUGGUGACCAUUAUGUUCAUUUCAAGAUUAAAAUUCCAAAAUCUCUGACACAAGAACAGAGGGCUAUAAUCACAGCUUAUGCAGAACUAGACAAAGAAGUUAAUGGUACUGUGGAGGGAAUAGUGAAUACUAAGAAAGGACCCCAAGCAGUGGAUAAUACUCUGGUAAACAAGAUCCUGAAAGCUCUAAAUAUAGAAAAAUCACCAGAGGAGGAGGGUGGGGACACAAAAGGACCAUCACAAACAUUUAGUGACAAGCAUUCAAGCAAAGGCAAAAAGAGCUCUUCUGUUUCUUAGGUGCAUAUAUUUAUUCAUGUAUUUAUUGCUGUACUCCCAGAAAUAUUCCCUUGUGUGUCUGCAGUGUGUAUCGUAAAGCUACAAAAUACAAUACAUACAUGUACAUACAUUGUUCAUUAUCUCCAACAAUCGGCAUAUAAAUGUAAAUCCAUAUGUACAAGUACAUUUCUAUUUCAAAAUAAGUUUUUUUUCUUUAAGUUUGCUUUGUAAACAAGUGCUCUGUUAACUUUCAGUACUUUAAGUGGGUUGUAAUGAUUUGCAUAUUCUUGAACUAUAUAAAUUGUAUCAAUUUUUAUUUAGAUGAAACUUGCCCUUCAAGUCUUAAUGCAAUAAUUUCUCAGUACCAUCUGCAUGUACAAAAUGUAUUUCAUUUCAAUUUAGAGAUUACUAGUGUUGAAGGUGCUUAAAAACUGUGCAGAAGAUUUUGUUUAAUUCUUAUGACGUGGUGUUAAUUGAAAUACAUGUUCGUGCAUUAGUGAUUGUUGUGAUGUUGAUCAUAAAGAUGAUUCAGAUAAAUAUGUAUAUGGCUUUUCGAGCUUACACAUGUCCCAUGCAGAAACUGUAUUAUAAAUAAAAGAAGUGGAUUUGAAUGAAGCACUGCUCUACAGGUACAUGUGUACUGUAAAUCACUUUUUAUUCGCGAGAACUUUAUUUUCGUGUAAUUACGCGAGUCUGUCUGCUCGCGAAAAUUUUAUUCUCGCGUAUAUUUGUAUUGUUAAAGAUUAUAUACAACAAAGAGUGAGCUCGUGAAAAUUUUGUCUCGCUCAUAAAUACCAAAUAACUAUCUCGCGAAAAUAAGGUGUCGCGAAAAUAAAAUGAUCUACAGUAUUUCAUUGUCAAGAUUUAAAUAUAUGCAUGAUGUAAUCUGUAAUUAAGAAAAGUUAGGGUAGACUGCAAAAGAGGUAUACUUUAUAUCCCUAAAUCUAAGAAAAUCUACACAUUAAUCACUGCAAAGACAUUUAUUUCUGAAGUAUGUGUUUACUUUCUUUAUAACAUAUACGUACAAUUGGAAAUUUGGGCAUUGUCUGUAUGAUGAGGAGAAGGAAUUGGGAAGCUUUCAUGUUGCUGUCUUGGCAGUUGUUUUCAAUAGAUCUUAACAAGGAAAAUCACCUGAUGAUACUAUUUAGUAAUAAUUUCAAAGUGCAGAAGUACCAUAUGAAGGAAAUUUUACAUUUGUAUUGGACAGUUUGCAUACUGAUGAAUGAAUAAAAGAGUCUGUGAUAUUAAACAGAAUUACAAACUGUACAUGUAGGUGGAUUAAAAUACCAUUUAACUUGCCAGAUAUACAUGAAAAAUGUCUGGAUGUAGAGUUUUGUCAAGUGAUUUUUUUCACCCUGUGGAAAUUUAUAAAUUCACUUUGACUAAGAAUUUUGGUUGAAUUAAAAAAUGUCAUUACACCGUUUCCCUGAUGUGAAUGCAUUGGACUUGGCCUUGCAUGUAUAAAAUAGAGUUUUAGGUAGACAGUGUGAUAUGAUAUCGUGUGACAGAAUUUUAUUGUUGGAAGUGAAUGAAUGAGUAUGUAGCCAUAUGAACAGGUUUAAAGCAGGAUCUGUUUUUUUACUAUGUACACACAAUCAUUUCAUGAAUUUGUUGAUUUUGUUAAUGAAAUAAAACAAGAUAAAACUAGAA